GCGGGGGGCGGGGCCAAUGUGGCGGUGACGUCACGGGGCGGGGCGGACGCUGGCGCGGGUAGGUAAGCGCAGCGGCGGGCGGUGGCGCUCACUCCCGGCUUCCAACCACGCUGAGCCUCUGCCUUGGAGAUUCUCAGUGCUGCAGAUGAUGUCCCUAAGGGGCAGCCUCUCGCGCCUACUCCAGACGCGAGUGCAUUCCAUCCUGAAGAAAUCCGUCCACUCCGUGGCUGUGAUAGGAGCCCCGUUCUCACAAGGGCAGAAAAGAAAAGGAGUGGAGCAUGGUCCCGCUGCCAUAAGAGAAGCUGGCUUGAUGAAAAGGCUCUCCAGUUUGGGCUGCCACCUAAAAGACUUUGGAGAUUUGAGUUUUACUCCAGUCCCCAAAGAUGAUCUCUACAACAACCUGAUAGUGAAUCCACGCUCAGUGGGUCUUGCCAACCAGGAACUGGCUGAGGUGGUUAGCAGAGCUGUGUCGGAUGGCUACAGCUGUGUCACACUGGGAGGAGACCACAGCCUGGCAAUCGGUACCAUUAGUGGCCAUGCCCGACACUGCCCAGACCUUUGCGUUGUCUGGGUUGAUGCCCAUGCUGACAUCAACACACCCCUUACCACUUCAUCAGGAAAUCUCCAUGGACAGCCAGUUUCAUUUCUCCUCAGAGAACUACAGGAUAAGGUACCACAACUCCCAGGAUUUUCCUGGAUCAAACCUUGUAUCUCUUCUGCAAGUAUUGUGUAUAUUGGUCUGAGAGACGUGGACCCUCCUGAACAUUUUAUUUUAAAGAACUAUGAUAUCCAGUAUUUUUCCAUGAGAGAUAUUGAUCGACUUGGUAUCCAGAAGGUCAUGGAACAAACAUUUGAUCUGCUGAUUGGCAAGAGACAAAGACCAAUCCAUCUGAGUUUUGAUAUUGAUGCAUUUGACCCUACACUGGCUCCAGCCACAGGAACUCCUGUUGUAGGGGGACUAACCUAUCGAGAAGGCAUGUAUAUUGCUGAGGAAAUACACAAUACAGGGUUGCUAUCAGCACUGGAUCUUGUUGAAGUCAAUCCUCAGUUGGCCACCUCAGAGGAAGAGGCGAAGACUACAGCUAACCUGGCAGUGGAUGUGAUUGCUUCAAGUUUUGGUCAGACAAGAGAAGGAGGGCAUAUUGUCUAUGACCAACUUCCUACUCCCAGUUCACCAGAUGAAUCAGAAAAUCAAGCACGUGUGAGAAUUUAGGAGACACUGUGCACUGACAUGUUUCACAACGGGCAUUCCAGAAUUAUGAGGCAUUGAGGGGAUAGAUGGAUACUAAAUGGUUGUCUGGGUCAAUACUGCCUUAAUGAGAACAUUUACACAUUCUCACAAUUGUAAAGUUUCCCCUCUAUUUUGGUGACCAAUACUACUGUAAAUGUAUUUGGUUUUUUGCAGUUCACAGGGUAUUAAUAUGCUACAGUACUAUGUAAAUUUAAAGAAGUCAUAAACAGCGUUUAUUACCUUGGUAUAUCAUA